AUGGAGGCUCCUCCGCCACAGGUUGACGAGGAGAUACGCCGUAGAGAAGAAGAAGAGCUACAAAAGGUGCUGGAACUGUCUAUGCAAGAUAAGGGAGGCCGGCAAUGGGGUGUUUACACCCCUUCUUCCGCAGCUGGAGGAUCAAGCUCGAGCUACCCGAGCUCUACGGCUAUAUCAGGGGGGCCUUCAUCCAGACCGCAGGCUAAACCCGAACCUCAACAGCCGACCGGGGGCUAUACGGCUUCUGCAGGCCGAAAGGCAGUCGACGUUGUUCAUCAGUCUCCCUUGCGACACGCCGAUACACAAGCUACACCAGUUGAAACAUCUCAACCCACCCAGCCGUCUCAGUCAGCCUAUUCGGCAUAUGCGCCCGCAGCGGUCGCCACUCCUCCGCCACAGCCCGCCGUCACCGUCGCUGCGCCAGCUGCAUCGGUCACUCCGGCUCCCGUACCAGAUCUGGCUACGGCGACAAGGGUUCGAGCACUACACCACUUUGAGCCAGCGGAUGCAGGAGAGUUGGCAUUUGAGAAAGGCGAUGUGAUAAAGGUUGUUGAUCGGACCCACAAAGACUGGUGGAAGGGACAACUCAAAGGAAGGACCGGAAUAUUCCCCGUCAACUAUGUAGAACCAAUGCCAGAACCAACCGCCGCGGAUCUCGCUCGGGAAGCAGAGGCAGAGGCAGCUGUCUUUGCUCAAGCCGCCAAUAUUGACAAGCUACUCAACCGACUCAAGAACUUUGACAUUACAAAGGACAACCUCGCAGACGAUGAGGAUAUCCAGGAAUUAUACCGGUCUAGCUUGAGUGUGCGACCAAAGGUGAUUCGGUUGAUCGAGAAAUAUAAUCAGAAGAAGGUUGAACUCGCAAUGAUGAACGACAACUUUGUCAACGCAAAGGAACUCUUUGACCGGAUGAUGGAAGAGUCCCUUGCGAAACAUAACCCCAAUGCCUAUGACUUUCGACGACAUCCCUCUGGACGGCCUGGUCCUCCAGGCGUCGAUUAUCGUGCAACGGGCUACUGGCCAGGACCUUUCCCGCCGCCGCAACCACCAGGGCAACCAGGGUUCUACCCUGGGCAACCACCAUAUCAGGACCCAACGCAAGCGACUUAUCCUCCUCAACUCUACCCACCUCAGAUGGAUCCAGCAGCGUAUCCUCCUCAGCAAGGGUUCCCGGGACAGGAUCCCAAUGCAUACGGCCCGCAACAGGCACCUGCAGGCUACGAUCCAAGCGCUUACGCUGCUCCGAUUCAACAGCCGCAGAUUCAACCAGGACAACCACAACAGCAGCCGGGUUAUGAUCCAAAUACGUAUCAGACGGCGACCCAGCAACCAGGAGCUCCGCAGCCCGCACCUGGCGGGUAUGAUCCAAAUGUAUACGGCCAACAGCCACCGCAACAACCUCAACCAUCCGGAGGUCAGCCCGUUCAACAGCCAUAUGACCCCAGUGCGAAUGCCUAUGCCCAAACUCAACCAGGAGUUCAACCUAUUGGACAGCCGUCACAACCCGCUUACGAUCUGAACGCACAUGUCCCAAACCAGCAGCUUCCGGCGGCAGCAGCAGUGACUGCUCAAUAUGCGGGACAGUCCACCACAGCUGCCCAGCCGCAACCGACAACAAUGUCUCCUCAGCCCGAACAACAAGUGACGCAGCCAGUUCAGCAAGUUCAACCAACCCAGCCUUCACAGCCAGAGACGCAACCGGUCGCAGAGGGACCCAAGGUCUUCUCUGGUCCGCCACCCUAUCCAUUCGACCCCACUGCACAAUAUCCCGAUCCUAAUGCGCAGGCGUGGGCUCAAUAUUAUGCUGCCGGUGGAGAUGACAAGCAAGGACUGGUCUAUUUCAUCAGCGUGCCUGGCAUGAAGGAAGCUCCGGCUGGGUCGCCAGCGUCAGAAAACCCUCAAGUUCGUCAGCAGAGUAUCCACACUGCGACAUUUGACCAGUCGAGCCAACCGAUGAAUCCCGCUAAUCAGCAGCUGAGCCCAAAGUCACCUACUGGUCAGCUCAGCGCAUCUCCCAAGUCCAAGCGGAUAUCCAUGGCCGGCGUCGGCACAGUUUCGCAACACCCUCAACUGCAGAACACGCUUCCAACCUAUGCGCAGGAGCACCUUCACAGUAAACGGCCAUCGUCGGCAGGUAGUCAGCCCGGAUCGUCAUCUCAAGGCACCUCGGGUGCGCCGUCAUGGGCACAACACCCGCCAGCUGGAGUGACUGGGCCAUGGAGUGCACAUGGUCCCCAAAUCAUGGAACCGAGUCGUACAGACUCGACAUCUCCUCCUGGUGGCUAUCGACCAAUGUACGGAGCGACGUCUCCUGGUGGCUCAUUCCAUCCUGCGUCCGCUGGGCCUAUAGACGCGCAUAACCAAGCGACGCCAUACCCGACUCACCCUUCCCCACGCUCCCAACAGCAGCAGCAGCUGUAUAGGGGAACGUAA